AUGGAAGCUAUUGACAAGUGGCAAAACCUGCCGGCGGAGAUAGUCAUUGAAUUCUCGUCAAGUUCUAGAAAGGGUCCUGCGAUUUACUUCCACGGUUUCUUUCUAGUAUGGGACGAUGCUCCAAAGGCAUUGGGAAUCGGUAACCUCGCUAUGUCGGUGAUUCUUGUGUACGGCAGGAUGAUCGAUUUUUGUUUAUUUCCCUCAAACCGUUUGACAAUUAGGUGCGCUGUUCCGCAGCAAACGUGGAUCGAGUGA